AUGGCGACGCGACGAAUUGUUGCCUCGGAGAAGACGAUUCUCGAGAAGGACGAUGUGGUCGGCUCCAGCCCUGCCGCUGGCGACAAGUCCAACAUCACUCCCGCCGUGCCGAUGGAGGUCAUCAUGAAACUCCUCGGAUUUACCUUUGCCAUGAUCGUCCUACCUAUCGGCACGUACUUUGCUACGGUCGACUUCCUAUUCAGAGGCAACUCAACUUUUGCAGGAGCCCUGGCCGCGGUUAUGGCCAAUGUGGUCCUGAUCGGCUACAUCGUUGUUGCCAUGAAGGAGGACCAGAGCGAUCAAUUGGAAGCUAAGAAGGAAGCGAAGAAGGACCGCUGA